AUGGCAGAGGCGGCUGAAAUUUCCCGUCCUAUGGUAGGUUCCAUGAGUGGUGCUGGUUCGACCUUUCGCAACAGUGAAUACACGCGUGAGGCAAUGGAAACUUCUCGGCUUACCGAGUCCGGAGGUCGUGAAAGCGCUUCCUAUGGCCCUGGAGGUCAACGACAGACUGAAAUGAGGCUUAUGGCUGUCGAGCCUGACAUGGGUGCAGCUCCAGAGCGUAUGGGAGAUUACAAAGGCCGUAUCCGCACGUGGCCAGGUCUGUUGCUAUUGCUAGGAAUUUUAGCUGCUGCUGUGGCUUUGAUCACCAUCAAUGCCAUCGACGUGCGAGACCAGUCGAACAUUAAUGCUCAACGCUACGAGAGCGCGUCUCGAAAUCGUCGCAAAAUAAAGGACGGGCUUGAUGACGACAAUGUGCUCAUUUCCGACGAUGGACAAGUGGGUAACCCAAAGAAGUAUCCAGACAUGGGAUGCGAAUUGCCUGACUAUCAGAGCAAGAACGGACAAAUCUAUUCAGUAUCAAAAAAUGGCACUGAAGUGCCAGUGGGUGUUAAAGGUCUUAAUUGGUUCGGAAUGGAAACUGGACUGGCUAUUCCUUUUGGCCUUUGGGAAAAUAUGGACAACGGAACAUCUGUAUACGAAAUCGCUGCUUUCCUGGCCCGUAACAAGUUCAACAGCGUCCGUCUACCAAUAUGUAUUAAGCACGUUCUCAGUGAUGUGGCACCUGAAAAAUCUUUGAUCAACCUUGAAACCAAUCGCGCUAUGAAUAUCUCGACGUACAUGACAACCAUUCAGUCGAUCGUGGAAGCACUUGGUUACCGCCACAUUUCGGUCAUGAUCAGUCUUCAUACUCUCGACCCGAAAAAAUCCGGUGGUGCCUGGUUCAGUGAUGAAUUGGGUGUGACUGAAGACGAUUUCUUAACUGCUGUUGACACUUUGACUAAGAACUUGUGUACUUCUAAGUACUGGAAUAUUCUUGGACUGGACCUGAAAAACGAGCCACAUGAAUGCUCGUGGGGUGGAAGCGAUCCUGACUGGAAGAAGGGUGCUACACUCAUCGGCAAUAGGAUGCUGGAAGGAUGUCCCAAUUGGAUGGCAUUUGUUGAAGGUAUAGCUUCCAAGGGAACUAUUACGCUGAACGGGGUGGAAGACACGUAUUUUGAUUGGUGGGGCGCAGGUCUAGCCGACGUAGGUAGCCACCCGAUUUCUUUUGAUAUCGAAAACAAAUUGAUCUGGGCUCCCCACUAUUACAAUACGGGUGUGAUGCCUGCGUGGUACCUCUACGCUUCUGGUACACAAAAUGCUGAGGGUGCACGUGAAAAUUACGUCGAGCUGGACGAUGAGACGUUGCGGAACAACGUCGAAAAAACGAUGGAUAAGAUGUUUGGUUAUUUGAUUCGUGACGACCCAAAUAGUGCCAUGGUGAUGGGAGAGUUCGCUGGUCUAUAUGCCAAAGACGCUCACCCAUUAAAGACGACCAAACGUACAAGUGAUUUUACAAUGGAUAUCAUGCUACAAGAUGGAUAUGCUGGUGGUUACAUGUGGUCGCUCAACCCAGAGAGUGCAUACCAAUACAACCCUGCAGACACGUACGGUCAUUUCACGGAGGGCUUGCUUCUUGACGAUUGGCUCACACCUAACAAGGUUUUUCUCGAAGGUAUGGCUACUAUGGAUGCGUUUAAGGAUCUCAAGAUGUUCCCGUGCUUUGAGAUGGAGAUGGAAGUCGCGACUGAAACUGUCGAGUCAUCACAACACAUGGAGAUUAGUGUGGUUCGGCCUCUACCUGAGUCUUAUGGAGUUAUUACCACCGCAACCACCAACGUCAGUGACGCUCCCACCCAAACGUAUCGAAACACUGAGCUCACAAGUGGUCGAGCCAAUGCUUACAUCGAUCAAGGAACAGGAUUUGACUCUGGCCAUGACACGAAGACUCAGCGCCAGACGGAAAUGAAGCUGAUGGCCCUGGGACCGAGUGACGUUGAAUCACUUGAACGAGUGCAAGACUAUAAAGGCCGAAUCCGGACGUGGCGAGGGCUUUUGCUGCUCUGUGUAGUCGUUGGUGUAGCGGCUGCGAUAACCACGAUAUGUGCCAAAAGGGCGAACGAUAGGGCAACCAUGAGACAAGAGCGCUAUGAACACAGAAUCGAAGCGCGUCGCAGGAUCAACGAUGGUCUAACAGACGACGAUGUUAUUAUCUCGGACGAUGGUCAGGUGGGGAAUCCAAAAAAGUACCCGAGUAUGGGCUGUGAGCUUCCAAAUUACCAGAGCAAGAAGGGGCAAAUCUUUGCUGUGUCAAAAAACGGGACAGAAGUUCCAGUUGGAAUCAAGGGUGUCAAUUGGUUUGGCAUGGAAACCAGUUUGGCAAUUCCUUUCGGACUUUGGGAAAAUAUGGCCAACGGAACUUCCGUGUACGAAGUCGCUGCGUUUUUGGCUCGUAACAAGUUUAAUAGUGUACGACUCCCCGUCUGUAUCAAGAAUAUUCUCAUGAACAAAGCUCCUGAGAAAUCGCUAAUUAAUAGCAAUACAAACCGUGCAAUCAACAUCACGUCAUACAUUAGCACUAUUCAAACGAUCGUCGAAGCUCUUGGAUAUCGUAAAAUUUCGGUCAUGAUUAGUCUUCAUACUUUGGAUCCAAUGAAGUCAGGAGGUGCUUGGUACAGUGACGAACUUGAAGUAUCUGAGGAUCACUUUUUAAAGGCUGUUGACAUUCUUACCAAAAACCUGUGUAGCUCAAAGUAUUGGAAUAUUCUUGGACUUGAUUUGAAAAACGAACCGUACCAAUGCUCUUGGGGUGGACCGACUCCAGAUUGGCAAAAGGGGGCAUCACUUAUUGGCAACCGCAUGUUGAAAGGCUGCUCUAAUUGGAUAGCUUUUGUUGAAGGGGUUGCCGGAUCGGGAACCGUUACAGUUGGGGAUCGAACGGAUACGUACUACAAUUGGUGGGGUGGUGGCCUUGAAAACGCUGGUGACAAAUCUGUAGAGCUCAAUGUAGCGAACAAAAUUGUUUGGGCCCCACAUUAUUACAACACUGGUGUCUUUCCCGCCUGGUAUCUUUACGCGUCAACAGGUGAGAAAGAUGCGUCGGGUGCGUUCAAGAAAUAUGUAGAACUUGACGACAUGACGCUACGAAGAAAUGUUGAGGUUACUAUGGACAAGAUGUUCGGCUAUUUACUCAGAGUAGACAAAAAUUCGGCUAUGGUCAUGGGGGAGUUUGCUGGUCUUUAUUCCAAAGAUGCCCAUCCAAAGAAAACGACGAAGCGUACAACUGACUACACAAUUGAAGUCAUGCUCAAGGCGGGCUACGCUGGUGGUUAUAUGUGGUCGCUGAAUCCAGAGAGUGCGUAUCAGUUCAAUCCAGCUGACAAGUAUGGCACGUUUACUGAGGGAUUACUGGAAGACGACUGGCUUACACCCAACAAGGUCUUCAUGCAGGGCAUGGAGGCCAUGAACGGCAUCAAGAAUCUCAAAAUGUUUCCAUGUUUUCCUCAGAAGGAAACGCCCAAGCCUUGA